CAGCCCCCACGAAUCGCCGUAUGCGACCAUGAGUAGAGUACUUGAAAACAAUGGUCGGCCAUCUUGGAGGCUGUCUCUAGUUCUUAUUAUAGCUCAGCGGAUCCAAUUACGGGCUGCCUCUCAUUAACCGACGGGACAAAAUGCUAAAUUGUCCAGAACCGUGAUUAGAUCACAUCUCCAGUUGGAAUUCCACACACGUCACAGGACAGGGGCAAUAGCGCAAUGAGUACAGGAGGACAGGUAUCAUAUCUCGAGGAAUUUUAUUAUUUUCAUCUGAAUUAUUCGUUUCCAUUUUACUAAGGAACAAACACGACAAUGGGACUGUGCUAUAGCCUGCGUCCUAGUCUUGGCGAACCCGGUGAUACCGAGCAGCCGGCGGACACCUCUAUACCGUUACGCUCCAAGGACCUUGAUCACGAGGAUACAGAGGCAUAUAAUGACAUGUCACCUUGCCGUCGUUGUUUGUGCCACCGCAGGGGCCCUGGCAAAGGCAAACCAUUUGCGGGAGAUGCCUGUCGAGGGGACACGACUGACGGCGUGCCCAUACAGAAUGGGGGUGGUGGGGGAGCAGACCGCAGCCAGCGACAGCAAUUGUUGCAGAAAACGCUCAGCAAACAGAAAAACAGGGACAAAAAGUUAUCGGAGGAGGUCAAAAAACAGGCGAAGAAAGUCAGUAAACAUAUCGAUCUAACUCUGAAGGAGCAACAUCGGGAAUACGAGCAGAUUCAUCGUCUGCUUUUACUUGGGGCUGGAGAGUCUGGGAAAAGCACGAUUGUCAAGCAGAUGCGGAUUCUGCACGUCAAUGGCUUUAACGCAGAAGAAAAAAAACAGAAGGUCCUGGACAUCCGGAAAAAUGUGAAGGAUGCCAUUGUGACGGUAGUUUCGGCGAUGAGCACGUUAAUACCCCCAGUUCCAAUAGGUAACCCAGCGAACGAGUCCAGAAUUGACUACAUCAAAAGUAUAGCACCUCUCUCGGACUUCGACUACACAGAGGAGUUCUUUGAGCAUGCCAAGCAGCUGUGGGACGAUGAAGGCGUGAAGGCUUGCUUCGAGCGCUCCAACGAGUACCAGCUCAUCGACUGCGCACAGUACUUCUUGAACAAAAUUGAGUCUGUGAGGUCGAAUGACUACACACCAACAGAUCAGGACUUGCUUCGAUGCCGAGUUUUGACUUCAGGUAUUUUUGAAACAAGAUUUCAAGUCGACAAAGUGAACUUUCAUAUGUUUGAUGUCGGCGGCCAGAGAGACGAGAGGAGAAAAUGGAUCCAGUGCUUUAACGACGUGACGGCCAUCAUCUUUGUGGCAGCAAGCAGCAGUUAUAAUAUGGUCAUAAGGGAAGACAACAGCACCAACAGACUCCGGGAAUCACUGGAUCUCUUCAAGAGCAUCUGGAAUAACAGGUUUCUACGGACCAUUUCAGUCAUCCUGUUCUUGAACAAGCAGGACAUGUUGGCUGACAAGAUCUUAGCAGGGAAAUCCAAACUUGAAGAUUACUUCCCUGAGUAUGUUCGCUAUACAGUACCGGCUGAAGCUGUUCCAGACCCUGGAGAGGACCCUAAAGUGACCCGGGCCAAAUUUUUCAUCCGAGAUGAGUUCCUUAGGAUCAGCACGGCGAGCGGCGACGGCAAACACUACUGCUACCCCCACUUCACCUGCGCCGUGGACACGGAGAACAUCCGCCGCGUCUUCAACGACUGCCGAGACAUCAUCCAGAGGAUGCACCUGCGUCAAUACGAACUCUUGUGAUUGGUUGCAGCCCACCAUCCAGUCAGCACUCUGCCAAUCCCGGCGCAGUUUGAUUCCACUCCCAAAACACAAGGCCCUGUUACCAGGAGAACUACUGAAGCAUCACAAUGCUGUCAUUUUGUUUGCCAUUGUUGUUUUCUAUUUACUUUUCUCCUUCCUUUGUUCUUUUAUCUAUGGCCCAUCUUGACUUUAUUUUGUAGGUCUAAGCAGGGAUGGGACAUUGUGUGUGUGCCUCAUCUUUUAUUUCCAAUGCCUUUAUUCUGUUCAUUCCACUAAGCCUUUUUUUUUGUAGAUUUUGUUUGAAACUAGUCUUCUUCUUCUGUCAUUUCUGUUGUUUUGAUCUGGACCAGCUGAAGUUGUUAUGAGGGUGUGUGAGAGUUGAGGGAUCUGAUGGCUGUGAAUGCUGGUUCCUCCCAACACCUCUCUCUCUCGUACUUGAUGAAGGGGUGGGCAGCAGAAGUAUCAGGUAACUUAAUGCCGUCAAGGAAGUAUACACAUGAUGUAGCACCGUGAUAUUUAUUACUCUGUCACUUUUUGUUUAUUUUGUAUCAUUUUAUUGCAGGAUGAUGGAGAGUGAGGCUUUCAGGCUGUAGAUUUAGCAUAGAGGGGGUGGGGCUUGUGGGAGAAUAGGAGGAUGCUGGGAGUUUGAGUCCUAUGCACCUCUGGCCGUAGGAGCAGCAGCAGCUUUCUGCCACGUGUCUAGAUGGAAAGAGAAAUACCACACUCACUUUGAUUUGCCCACAGACGGUCCUUUUUACUUAGAUCCUCUUGGGCAAGAGUUCUAUCUAUAUAUAUAUAUAUAGAUUUGUUUUUGUUGAUUAUCUUGUACAGACUGCAAAAUGUAAUGUUAUUUUGUACAACUUUAUUGAGAAAAAAACUACUUGUAGAAGAUCUUUGUGCCUUGAUAAUGGCUGUACCUGUAAAUUGAGCUCUGAUGUAUGUUGUUGACUGCGCUGUACAGCUUGAUGUCAAACUCUAUCUGACAGUAGAGACUGCAGGUAGGGCGUCUCUCUCUCUCUCUCUCUCUGUAGAGGUACAUUUUUCUGGUUUAUAAAAAAGGAAAAUGUUCUUUAGUAGAAAAAAGGAGGAAAAAUUUGCGAGGGGUUAAAAAAAAAACACACGGAAAUCCUGUAUACAUUAUGCAAAUGAACCACUUACCUACCGCAGUGACCAGGUCGCAGCCAGAGACAUUGCCUUCAUCCUCCUUCGUUUUGACGGUGAACAUUUCAAUUUUUGUUUCUGAUUCUCAGCUUUAAUACAUUACAAGAUCAAUUGACGUGUCCAAAUCGCAACCUGGUGUUGUUUUACUACAGUAGGAAGCAACUUUUUAGAUAUGAAGUGUGUAUGAGAUGUAUACAUAUGCGUGCCAGUAAAUGUGUGUGUGUGUGUGUGUGUGUGUGCUUCGAAGCAUGCAUGUACUGUAAAACAUAUACACACAUGCACUCAUGCAUUGUACAUAUACAUUUUAUAUUAAUAUAUAUGUACAUAUACAUUUAUAAAGAUAUACAUAUAUUCUAUAAAUCUAUAUGUACAAUUAUACAUAGUAAUGUGUGUGCCUAUGUGUAUACAUAUUUAUGAAUGUCUAGAAUGUAUGUAUGCAUACACAUGCAUAGGCAUCAACUUCUAUAGAAUGAGAGGAGAAAGUAGUGAUCAAGUCGGUCAUGGACAUGGAGAGCCCUUCACAUUGCCACAGGUGUGAACCCAGUUAGAUGGGCUGUUCUUUACACCGAACGGCAGCUUUCAAUGUGCAAGUCUAUUCUGAGAGCGAGGGGGCAGGAGUGAUGCGUGUGUGUCAGGCCUUUAUGGAAUACGGAAAAAUAUUUUUAUUUUAAUAAAGAGGCACAUCAGAA